UGGGAAUAUUAUAUUUAUAGAUUCGGUUCUGUAUAUAUAUAUAAAGACAUAGCCCAUACUACUCUCAUAGAUCAAUAUCUACAACAUCUCUUUGAAUAUCAUAUUGAAGAGAUUGCAAAGAUGUCACCGUUUUCGACGCUCAUUGUUAUCCUCGUAUCUUCCAUCAUGAUUCACCACCUUCCAUUGGCAAGCUCCACACAAUGGUGCGUGGCCUCUCCGACGUCGAAAGAAAAGCAGCUAGAAGAAAAUCUCGGGUUUGCAUGCGCUAAUGGAGUUGAUUGCAGACCAAUCCUAGAAGGUGGAGCCUGUUACAACCCUAACACUCCAUUAGGCCAUGCGUCUUACGUGAUGAACGCAUAUUACGCAACCCAUGAACGCACCGACUACGCGUGCAAGUUCUUUUUCCCAAACAGUGCCAUGUUGACUACUACAAACCCUAGUUAUGGUAGUUGUGUCUAUGCAUAAGUAUUUUCAUUGGUUUUAGAUAUGUGAUCCACGGCAUACCUCAUAGCCUGAUAGGAUGUAUGGUUAUGGCAGAUCCAAUGUCGUUUUUCUUUUACCAAUUUUAUAAUUAUAAAAAUAAGUCCUUAUAAUGUUUCGUUUAAGUAUAACGAAAAUAUCGAAGUCAUGGAUCGUUCGGUAUCUUUCAAAUUAAUAGACAAUGCCUAACUCAAGAUACUUUAUUCACUGCAAUUCGCUGGACCAACUUUUUCUUUUUAAAAUUUCGCUGGGCCAACUUAGUGUAAGCAUCAUAACCUUUCUUGACAAACCAAACCCUUUCAAUAAAAAAAAAAAAAGUCAAACCAAACGCGAUUGGAUACAAAGACCGGAAUCAAUAUAUUCAUCAUCAGAAUCUGUAACUUGAUUGUUCAGAGAAACCAAAAUUUACUAACAUUUUUAAAAUGUGAGUGGGCUUGAUAAUAGCCUACAUCUUAGAAUGGGUAUCUCAUCAGUAUCUCACAACCAAAAGAAGGCUACUUUUUUGAACAUGUAUGUUACUGAUGGAAGAGUUUCAACUUCUGUAGAACCAUCGCAGAGACCAAAUCCUUCUUCAGAAGAUCUACAUACAAAUUGCCUUCAAAAAAAAAAAAGAUCGACAUACAAAGCCUUCAACUUUUUGUUUCAAACGAAAAUAAAAUACAUCAAUCACAGAGUUCAAGAACUUGUUAAAUCAUCAAAGCUAAGCCAAAAUAGAAGCUUACCUAAUUCCAGCCAAUUAUCAACCAAAGUAAAGUUCUCUUACCAUCCCAUACAUUUCAAACUGGAUGAAAGGAUAAGCUUUUUUGUUCUAGCUUCCUCGGUUUCUGCAGUUUUCUGUAAACCCAAGACCUUUCUAACAGUUUGAAUCCUAAAAUAGCACAUAACUUCUUGGGCCAGGGACAAAAGCCGGUUGCUAAGUCCUCUUCGCUCAACUACUGAAACUCAAACCUAACACCUCUACCUUAAAAAAAAAUCUUUAUCAGUAGAGCUAGCUACUCUGGGUCGAAGUACUUCUUAAAGUGUGAUCAAACACAAACAUGAGAGUUGUUCUAAAACUGUUAUCACUUCGAAGAAGAAGAUCGAGUAUUCUUUGUAGAAGUUAAUACCUGGUCGUUUAGCACCGUACAAUGUUAUUGAACUCUACAAUUCCAGCUGGAGUGAUCAUCGAAGAUUUACAUAUUUCCAAGUAUAACUUAUUUAAUUGCAUCAAAGUGUCAAACACAGAGACGAAAAUAUUAUGUACAAUGUCUUUAGUUAUAUGUGUUUGUGUCUAUUGUUCAUUCAAUAAAUAUUAUUCUCAGCAAUAGUGCAAUGCUUCUGUCCUUUUUUCUUUCUCUAAAGGCCUUUGCAGCAGAGCAGACUACGAUCUGCAAGUUUUCAAUAGAAGCAAUGUGAUUACAGUCCACUACUAACAUUCAGAUUCAGUAUACUUAACCAUACGCGAAAUAAACCAGCAUGGGUCUUAAGUUUUUUGUGACUUCAUUUUUGUUAUCCAAAACUUAGUAUUUGUUUUCAAAAUAUAUGAACUAUACUUUAGAACACAAUGGCAAACAAGAAAAAAGAUUUGCAUAUGCAUGUUGUAAAAUAUACUAAGACUUGAGAACAAAAGUACCAGAUAUCAAUAAGUUUAUGUUGAUG